AUGGGUAGAUCAACAAACAUCACCGCCGCAAUAGCCAGCGCCGUCGCUCAGGCUACUGGCUUUACCCUCUUCAUAUAUUUCAGUCCUCUAAAUCCUCUACACAACUCUCCAUCCUCUUCUCUCACUGACAAAGAAUUAUUAUGGCACCAAGGUCGUCAUCAAUUUUGGGCUAUCUUAUUUUUCUCAUUUACAUUCAGUAUGAGUUUCAUGUCAUUUGCAUUGAGAAUCAGGGAUGAGCUAGGCGACAGAAGCAAACACGAAGACGCGUUGAAGGCGAAGACAAAAGAGACGACAGAAGAGAAAUCAAAAACUACCAAAGUGACCAAAUCGACCAGUUCAACCAAACUUACCAAAGUGGAAAGCGAGACGCACGACACUAAAGAAGCGAGAUCCACAAAAAUCGAACAAUCCUCUGAGGAAGUGAGAGAAACGGACGAACCCUCCAAUUUCGACGAACAUGUGAAAACACGCGUGGAACUUGUCAAUACCAAAACCGCAUUAAAGAAGGAGCAAGAACGAGUAAACCGUAUCGAGCAAGUUAUGGAGUCGCUUCAGGCACAAGUUGGUGUCUUGCGAGCGAGGUUGACAGUUCAAGACGCAGAAGCUAAGAAUAAACGUAAAAGGGUACAGACGAUGGAGGAGGAUGGCCAGAGACAAGCCGAUAUCUUGGCAACGAGAAUCAUGACCCAAGAGGCAAAGAUGGAGGAGGUUUUGGAGAGAUUAGAUGAGAAUGAUAGUAGUCACGACGCAAUCGGGGUGUGGAUUGAAAAAUUGACACGCGAAGGAAAAGAGAUAAAGGAGGAGCUCGAGAGAUUCGAUGGUGUUGAUGAAGAGAUCAGUGAAGUGUAUCACAUCUUGAGAAAGGAAGUCAGUAAAAUUCAGGAAACAGCAAAAGAUAACCUCGAGGAGCUUAGGGCAGAUGCACUGACCGUCGAGCAAUAUUGGACCGAGGAGUUUCAAAGGAUCGAUGAUAAUAGGCAAAGUAGAGAAUGGGAUUUCAAAGAGGAGAUCAAGAUUGAACUCAAAAAAGAAUUGAAAAGAGAACAGGAGAUGAGGGAGAUUGAUGAGUGGUGGGAAAAGAGAUUGGGCCAAGGAGAGAUUACCGAGGAAGAAUUGAUAGCAAGCCAAGAAGCCGAAGAUGAGAUGGAGGUGGGAGUCACAAAUACAGCUUCUAGAUUAGAGCGCUCUUCGCAAACAGAAGUUGAGCCUAUAGAGACAAGAGUCGACGAAGAAGUCGAAGGAGAUAUGGGUGGCCAUAAGAAACAAGAAACACAUACAUCGGCCGAAAUUGAGACGCCGAUUCAAGAGAAAAAUCAUCCUCUUUCGAAGGCUGUUGAAUAUGCUACGCAGAACUCCCUCGAUCAAGAAAGGAAUGCCGAAAUGAAAGAUAUCGAGCAAGGGAAAGAUGAAGGCAUGGAAGAUAUCACGCAUGAACUCGAGGACGCGGCUGAGGUUGAGGGGAAAGAUAGUGAUUUGGAUAAGGAGUGGACUGAGCUUUGA